AUGGGCGAGUGGGGCUUCCUGAGCUCGCUGCUGGACGCGGUGCAGGAGCACUCGCCCAUGGUGGGGAGGUUCUGGCUGGUGGUGAUGCUCCUCUUCCGCAUCCUGGUCCUGGCCACGGUGGGCAGCGACGUCUUCGAGGACGAGCAAGAGGAGUUCGUCUGCAACACGCAGCAGCCGGGCUGCAAACCCGUCUGUUACGACGCCGCCUUCCCCAUCUCCCACUACCGCUUCCUCGUCUUCCACGUCGUCGUGCUCUCGGCCCCCGCCGCCCUCUUCGUCAUCUUCGCCGUCCACCAAGCAGCCAAACCGGGGGGGGGCGGGGGGGCUCCCGGCCAGCGCGCCCGGCGCCUCCAACCUUUCUACGUGGGCAGCGUGGUGGCCCGUAUCGCGGCCGAGCUGGGGUUCCUGCUGGGGCAGGCGCUGCUCUACGGUUUCAGGGUGCAGCCGCUCUUCGUCUGCCGCCGCCGGCCCUGCCCGCACCGCGUCGACUGCUUCGUCUCCCGCCCCACCGAGAAAACCGUCUUCAUCCACUUCUACUUCGUGGUGGGGUUGGUCUCGGCGCUGCUCAGCCUGGCCGAGCUCGCCCACCUCCUGCGCAAGGGACCCCCAACCCGGGCCAAACCGGGGGGGGGCGGGGGGGCUCCCAGCCAGCGCGCCCGGCGCCUCCAACCUUUCUACGUGGGCAGCGUGGUGGCCCGUAUCGCGGCCGAGCUGGGGUUCCUGCUGGGGCAGGCGCUGCUCUACGGUUUCAGGGUGCAGCCGCUCUUCGUCUGCCGCCGCCGGCCCUGCCCGCACCGCGUCGACUGCUUCGUCUCCCGCCCCACCGAGAAAACCGUCUUCAUCCACUUCUACUUCGUGGUGGGGUUGGUCUCGGCGCUGCUCAGCCUGGCCGAGCUCGCCCACCUCCUGCGCAAGGGACCCCCGCCCCGGGGUGGGUGCUGCCACCGGCUGCAGGAACGGGGUACGGCCCCCGGGCAACCGGCGGAGGAGCCGUGUCGCCCCAACGUGUCCCCGCCACGGGGGGACCUGACCGUGUAG